UUCAUGGGUGUUCAUCAUCAUACACCAAAUUGUUGGCUUGAAUCAAUGUAAUCAUGCGUUUAUGAGAGAAGAAAACUUGGAAAUGUCAAAGGAGAAAGCCAUUAUCACUCUCUUGCAAGGCUGCAACAGCCUCAACAAGCUUCGAAAGAUCCACGCCCAUGUUCUUGUUAGCGGCCUCCGCCAUCACGUCGCCAUUAAUAACAAGCUUUUGAACUUCUGUGCCAUCUCCGUUUCAGGUUCCCUUGCUUAUGCCCAGCUUCUCUUCCAUCAAAUGGAGUGCUUACAAACCGAAGCCUGGAACUCCAUCAUCAGAGGCUUUGCCCAGAGUUCAUCUCCCAUUGACGCCGUUGCUUAUUACAAUCAAAUGGUUUGUGCCUCUUUCUCUUCCCCUGAUACAUUCACUUUCUCAUUUGUGCUCAAAGCCUGUGAAAGACUCAAGGCUGAGCGUAAGUGUAAAGAAAUUCAUGGCACUGUAAUCCGCUGUGGUUAUGAUGGGGAUGUUAUUAUUUGCACUAACCUUGUCAAAUGCUAUGCUGCAAUGGGGUCCGUUUGUAUUGCCCAACAGGUGUUCGACAAAAUGCCUGUGAGAGACUUGGUUGCUUGGAAUGCUCUGAUUUCGUGCUUUUCCCAACAGGGUUUGCACGGGGAGGCAUUGCAGGUGUACAAUCAGAUGAGAAGUGAAAAUGUGGGUGUAGAUGGGUUUACCCUUGUUGGGUUGAUUUCUUCAUGUGCUCAUCUUGGAGCCUUGAAUAUUGGGGUUCAGAUGCAUAGAUUUGCUCGUGAAAAGGGUCUUGUAGAGAGUCUUUAUGUUGGAAAUGCGUUGAUAGAUAUGUAUGCUAAAUGUGGUAGUUUGGAUCAAGCCAUUUUUAUCUUUGAUAGAAUGCAUAGGAAAGACAUAUUCACUUGGAACUCAAUGAUUGUUGGGUACGGAGUGCACGGUCGAGGGACCGAAGCUAUAUUUUGCUUCGAACGGAUGUUAGAAGCAAGAAUGCAACCGAACUCCGUCACGUUUUUGGGUUUACUUUGUGGAUGUAGUCAUCAAGGCUUGGUUCAAGAAGGUGUUAAAUAUUUCAAUUUGAUGAGCUCCAAGUUUAGGCUAAGACCUGAGGUUAAACACUACGGAUGCCUCGUGGAUUUAUACGGUCGAGCUGGAAAGCUCGAAAAGGCACUUGAAACUAUACGGAAUUCAUCACCGAAUGAUCCGGUUUUGUGGCGAAUCUUACUUGGCUCUUGCAAAAUCCAUAAAAAUGUGGGUGUAGGAGAAAUUGCCAUGAACAAUCUCAAUGAGCUUGGAGCUACAAAUGCAGGGGAUUGUAUAUUGCUGGCUACGAUCUAUGCUGGAGUGAACGAUACAGCUGGUGUUGCGAGUAUGAGAAAAACGAUCAAGAGCCAAGGGAUAAAGACUAGCCCAGGUUGGAGUUGGAUUGAAAUUGGGGAACAAGUUCAUAAAUUUGUUGUUGAUGACAAGUCCCAUCGUGACUCCAUUGAAGUUUAUGAAAGGUUGAGGGAAGUUCUUCAUCAAGCUUCCUUGUUUGGGUAUAUAAGAGAUGCAGAGACUUUGAAGACUUCCACUACAUAUCAUAGUGAGAAACUUGCCAUUGCAUUUGGAUUGGCAAGAACUGCAGAUGGGACGCCUAUACGUAUCGUUAAAAACCUUAGAGUUUGCAGAGAUUGUCAUUCGUUCAUGAAGGCUGUCUCGGUGGCGUUCGACCGAGAAAUAAUCGUUCGAGAUCGGGUUCGGUUCCACCAUUUCAAGGGUGGCCAAUGCUCCUGCAAUGAUUACUGGUGAAAUGUGAAAAAUGUACUUUCAGUUCUGCAACCAUUCAAACCUGCUGCAGCAUGAUGAGUUUAUGUAAUUACUUGGGCGUUCUUGGAAAUAGAUAUGGGGUUCUUAAUAA